AUGUCUAUUCAAAAUGCGCCUGUCAGAGCGGCUCAAUGGCUCGGUCGCGAACUCGGCCUCGCCACUAUGAAACAAGCCGGAAAAGAUGUCUACAUCAUCAUCCUGGCGCGUUACAUUCGCCUGUUUGCGUAUGGCAGCGUCGCACUCAUCCUAGCACUUUUCUUCCAAGAGCAAGGCUUUUCGGAUGAACAGAUUGGACUGUUCAUGUCAUUGACGCUGCUGGGAGAUGUAGUGAUUAGUCUUCUCCUUACUCUCAUUGCCGAUACGCUUGGUAGACGUCGCACGCUAUUACUAGGAGCGGUGUCUAUGGCAAUAUCCGGCGCCGUUUUUGCCACAACGAGUAACUAUAUUGCUUUGCUUCUCGCAGCUAUCAUCGGUGUUAUCAGUCCGAGUGGAAACGAGAUCGGGCCGUUCAGAGCGGUUGAAGAGUCGACGUUAGCGCAUCUGGUGGCCGAGGACAAGAGAUCAGAUGUGUAUACCUGGUACGUUGUCUUGGCCGUACUGGGCACGUCGACGGGGUUGGCUGUUGGUGGUGUGGCCGUCGACAGCUUGCAGGCUACCGAGGGUUGGACAGAUCUGGACGCAUACCGCGCGAUCUUCUGGAUCUACACGGGUGUUGGUUGUGUCAAGGCUCUGAUGACACUCUUCUUGAGCCAGAAGUGCGAACACAAUGACUGGAACGACGAACGCAAGAAGACUGUUGCAUCGGCCGAGACCGAGCCAUUGUUGAACGGCAAUGAGACGGAGAAUGCGGAUACUCCGGCGCGGGAAGCAGCGCCCAAAGAGACUAAGAAGUUCUGGCAUUCUAUCAGCAAGAUUUCGAAGUCCAGCCGCGUCGUUCUCAUCAAGCUUUGCAGCUUGUUCUUCCUGGAUUCCUUGGGUUCCGGCAUGGUUCCGUUUAGUUUGAUCAACUAUUACAUGGAACGUAAGUUCGAUCUGCCAAAGGGAAAGUUAGGCGGCAUCAUGUCUGCAACGUGGUUCGUAUCGACACUCGGUAACGUCUUCGCCUCAAGCUUAGCAAAACGUCUUGGUUUGAUUCAAGCCAUGGUGUUCACUCACCUUCCCUCUUCAAUCUUCCUCGCGCUACUUCCGGUUCCAUCAGGACUUGGCCUGACUAUAUGUCUCCUUGUUGGCCGCUCAGUGCUCAACUCUAUGGACCAAGCGCCCCGAUCAGCCUUCCUUUCCAUCGUCGUCUUACCGGGAGAACGAACGGCUGUUAUGGGCGUGGUCAAUAUACUCAAAACGCUGUCUCAGAGUAGUGGACCAAGUGUUACUGGUGUACUUGCUGGGAACAAUCAUUUCUGGGUCGCAUUUGUUGCAGCAGGUAGCUUGAAAGCGACAUAUGAUUUGUUACUACUCGCGUUCUUCGGCGGGAGGGUACAGCCACGGAAGGAGGAACUUGAAGCAGUUAGAGUUCUAGAAGAGGACGAUGUCGUUGAGGAGCCUGUGAAUAUACAGAGGGCGGCUUGA